UGAUCAACAGCUUGCACCUGCAAUAGCAGGGUGAUUAAAUUGUUCCUCACUGAGCUAGCGGUCAGGCUGUGUUGUUUAAAUAUAUACACGUGUCCAAGCAAGAAUCCUUCUCUGUGUCUCCCACAACUUGUGUGUUGUUCUUCAACAGUAAAAAAAACUGAAACGAUGGCUGACAAACCAGAUAUCAGUGAGAUCUCUCAGUUUGACAAGACCAAGCUGAAGAAGACCGAGACAAAAGAGAAGAACACACUUCCAACUAAAGAGACCAUUGAACAGGAGAAACAAUGUGAGACAUAAACUAUCUUCACCAAGGGCAAGAUGUGGAGAACUGUGAGAUGGCAGGUCCCUUUAAGUAGAAGAUGGCUUCUCCCAACCACCAGUCACUAUAGCCUUAGGCUGGAAUGGAAUAUUUGCCCUCAUAGUUUUAACUUGUGUAUCAGACCAUCCCUGAGAUGACUGACUUCAUGAUGAUCAUCACUAUAGUAUGGUCACUGAAGUGGCAGUCAGACUUGCACUGAGGCUGUUUAACUCUGUUCUUUUGUAAAUCCACUUGAAUGAAGAAAAUGAGUUUUAUUUGCCCUCUUUGGUGAAAUAAACCUUUCAAAUGAA